AUGGAGAAUCUCUUAAGGUCCAAGGAGUACUGGAACCUAAUAGAGACGGGAUACAGAGAACCUGCUGAAGGAGAAGCUGUGACUGCGGGUCAGAGAAAAGUUCUUAAUGAUAUGAAGCUAAAGGAUUUGAAGGUGAGAAACUACCUGCUUCAGUCCAUUGACAAGAGCAUACUAAAGACCUUGCAACAGAAGGAAACAUCCAAGCAUAUAUGGGAUUGUAUGAAGUUGGGAGAAACAGUAGCUGACUACUUUGGCAGGGUCAUGACUAUGGCCAAUGAGAUGAGGAAUUAUGGAGAAGACAUGCCGGAUGUAAAGAUAGUUGAGAAGAUUUUGAGAACGCUCACGGAGAGGGAUGGAGGGGAUGAGCAAGCACUUAAAGUCACAUAUGAAGCUGGCAACCGAGGAAGAGGACAAGGAGCUAUGAGACGAAAUGGUGCAGCAAGAGGAAGAGGCAGAGGUAGAGCCUUCAACAAGGAAAUGAUCGAGUGCUUCAAAUGCCAUCAAUUAGGGCAUUUCCAGCACGAUUGUCCUAAAUGGGAGAAAGCAACCAACUAUGCCGAGCUAGAUGAAGAAGAAGAAUUGCUUCUAAUGGCCUACGUUGAAAACAACAAUGCAAGUAGAGAAGAGAAUAAGCAAUGGUUUGCUGAGUUAGAUGAGAGCUAUAGACACUCGGUUAAACUUGGAAAUAACAUGAGAAUGCCUGUAAUGGGAAAGGGAAGUGUGAAAUUGCAAAUUGGAGAUGUGAAGCAAGUGGUGUCCGAUGUGUAUUAUAUCCCUGAUCUGACAAACAAUCUAUUCAGCAGGGGCGGAACUAGAAUUUAA